AUGGCUGUGCUUAGCGGAUGGUCCAUGCAAGGCAUCGCCGUGAUCUUGCUGCUAGUGACGCUCUUAUACAGCGCAGCACGGCGGAUACUCACUCGAUACGACACCAGCCUUCGUGACAUCCCCGGCCCUCGGCUCGCCGCAUGGACAAGACUUUGGCGCUUCUUUGAUGCCUCGCAAGGACACGCACAUCUCACCAACAUCGAGCUCCAUCGUAAGCAUGGCAAGCUCGUGCGCGUCGGGCCCAAGGUGAUCUCUUGCUCCGAUCCAGCUAUGAUCCCAACCAUCUACAACGCGCAGGGUUCUUUUGCAAAGUCCGCUUUUUAUCCCAUGCAGAGUCUUAGUUGGAACAAGCGUGCUCAGCCGAAUGUCUUCAGCGUGAUCGAUGAGAGGAAGCAUCGCGAGAUGAAGAGGAAGGUGGCAAGUGCUUACACUGUGGAUGCACUGUUGAAGAUGGAGAAAGGCAUUGAUCGGUGCGGUGAUGUUUUCAUGCAGCGCAUGCGCCAGUGUGCAAAGCAGAGCGAGGACUUUGAUCUUGGCACUUGGUUGCAUUAUUAUGCAUUCGAUGUUGUCGGGAUUGUCACAUACGGUGAGAGACUUGGUUUCAUGGAGACGGACUCAGAUGUCGAUGGUGUGAUCGGUGCCGGAAACGCGAUGAUGAUAUACUUUGCGUGCUGCGGUCAGAUACCGUUUCUGCACAGCCUGCUACUCGGCAACCCUUUACUACCCUACCUGAUUCCACAAAUCGAGACGGUCAACAGUGCCGUUGUCUUUGCGAAGAAGGCCCUUGAUCGCCGUCUGAAGAGCUCAAGCGCGCAUGGUAUUCAUACCGAUGAGCAUGGAAUGAGGGAUGAUAUGUUAUCGAGAUGGACAGCCAUGAAGGCCCAGGAUUCCGAAAAGAUGAACACUACCGACAUCAUGGUGGCUCUGUGCACCAAUGUAUUCGCUGGAGCCGACACCACGGCCACUGCUCUGCGAGCCGUUCUAUACUACCUCAUGAAAACCCCGGCUGCGAUGCAGAAAGCUCAAGACGAAAUCGACCAAGGUCGUCGAGCUAACCAUCUGAGCGACCCGAUAAAAGACCAUGAAACCCGAAAUCAUCUUCCGUACAUCAACGCCGCCAUCAAAGAAGCGCUACGCAUGCAUCCAGGCACUGGGUUGUUGCUGGAACGCCACGUUCCCGUUGGCGGCGCACAAAUCAGCGGGCACUACCUACCCGCCGGCACGAUCGUGGGCAUCAACUCCUGGGUCGUGCAGUAUGACAUGGACGUCUACCCAGAGCCCUAUCAGUUCCGGCCAGAGCGGUGGUUACCACGCAGUGACAAUGCCGAACAUCUGGCUCAAAUGGAAAAGUCGUUUUUGGCCUUUGGAGCGGGAUCGAGGAUCUGUAUGGGCAGGCAUCUCAGUAUGAUUGAGCUUCGCAAGUUAAUCCCGAGGAUCUUGCAAGAGUUUGAGAUUGAGAUGGUGGGGUCCCAGGAUUGGAAGGUCAGGAAUGCGUGGUUUGUGGUGCAGGAGAUGCCCAUGUGUAGGGUAGACAUGUAUUCUACCGUAGUUGCCGACUCGGCUGAAGAAGACGGGGUCUAG